UGUGUUUUCACUCCACGCUUUGAAGGGCUCAAACAAACUUUUCAGAACUGUUUCUGAGAAACGUUGUGUAAAGGGAGAGAGAAAAACGAGGAGUUGGGGGUGAAAGAGAGUGUAAGUUUGAGGGAGAGAGAUGGGGAGCAGAAGGAGCUUCAGACUAAAACAAGCUGUCUUCCAUGUGGUGGUCUGAUCUCAGUUACUGAAGGAUACUUUCUGUUGGACAAUAUUUCUGCAAGAGACUCAACAACAGAGGCUGUAAUCCUCACUCGGCAUUUCCUAUCCCAUAAUUGAAGUUAGCCACCAGCUGUUUCAAUGAUGCAGUCCGACGAGCUCUCAGCCAGAGAGGAGUUUACCUACAGCCACAUGCCCACUCUGGAGAGGGGCGGUGGUGGGACGCUGGGAAGACGGGGCGAAAGGGGAGCAGAGAGAAGGCCAGACAGGGGGGAGCGGUAUAGGCCCGAGCGCGACAGCUUCACAGUGGACGUGAGGGCCAGUGACCUGCAGCUGGCCCAGCCGGAGCCUCUAAAGCACCCCUGCUUCAGCUACAGGGCCUGGCUCUACAGUGUCCUCAUAGGGGGCAGUCUGCUCAUCACAUCUGGUUUCUCUCUGUACCUGGGAAAUGUGUUUCCUGUUGCCAUGGACUACCUGCGCUGUGCUGCAGGCUCUGGCAUCCCUGCAGCGAUCGCCAGCUUUGCCAUUGCCAAGAACAGACACGUUGCAGUGUCAGAUUUCCAGGUGGUCUACGUGUCAACAUUUGCCGUGACAACCACCUGUCUGGUUUGGUUUGGAUGCAAACUGGUCCUGAACCCUUCUGCUGUCAAUAUCAACUUCAACCUAAUCCUGAUGAUUUUGCUGGAGGUGUUGAUGGCCAGUACUGUGAUCCUGUCAGCCCGCUCUGCAGAAGACUGCUGCUGCCACAGGAAGCCGGUGACUUAUGACAGAUCUUUGGUUCUUCCGCCUGCAGUGUUCCCCACUCGAAUCCUUAAAGCGUAUUCUGUGAUCGAAGUGAUCGUGGGAAUUUCUGCCGUAUUCGGAGGAAUUAUUGCACUCAACAUGGACGCUUUGCUACCUGGCCCUUACUUGUCUGUCACAUUUUUCUGGAUUCUUGUUGCUUGUUUUCCGAGUGCUAUUGCCAGUCAUGUCGUGGCAGAAUACCCCAACAAAUGUCUGGUCGAGGUGCUGAUUGCCAUCAGCAGCGUGACGUCUCCCCUGCUCUUUUCAGCCUCCGGCUUCCUCUCUUGCAGUGUGAUCAGCUUUAUCGAAAUUUUCCUGCAUGAUGUGCCUCCAGCCAAGCAAUCCUACGACAUCCUGCUGCUGAUUCUGAUGGUGCUGCUGCUGGUGCAGGCAAUUCUAACUUCAGCCACUGUGGUGCACUGUGCCACCUACAAGAGUCAGCUCCGCAUGGGGGCUCCAGAGUACAACGACAGCAUGCACACCCCGACCCAUUACUAUGAGCAGCAAGCAGCCAAUGGAACGCUGCAGGAUUUUGACAAAGACAGAGCCUGGAAGGCAGUUGUGGUCCAAAUGGCCACAUAGAAGUUUAAAGAGAAGUGGAAAAAGGGGGGAAUAAAACAAACUCUGUUUGCACAAGAUUACAAUCCUGAGACACACUGUAAGACAGAAAAAUCACUAAAGACGUAUUCAGAGAUGAAGAGAGAGACAUAGAAGAAAAUGGAGAAGAAAAUAAAGAAAGCAAUAUGAAGAAAGAAAUAUAAAGAAAGAAAUAUAAAGUAAGAAAGAAAUCAGAAAGACAGAACAGUUUGAAAGAAUGCAAGGCAGAGAGUAAACUUUUUUCUGAUUUAGUAAUGUGCAUAGAUAAUGAUUUGAUGUCUGUUUUGUUUUUAUAAUUGUUGCCUGCAGUGAGCAUUAUUUGACCUGGGAAUUGAAAUAUUCUCUGUAGUUCAAGGUAUUUCUACAUUGUGACCGUAUAGGUACAAUGAUCAAUCAUGUGAGUCAAUGUUUUUAAUAAAUGUUUCGCACUUGGGCCCAAACACAAAGUUUUAUGAUGUCUCAAAAUAUUGUAGUUUUAUAAGCAUCAUUGUUGAGGUUGUACUGUAAGAUCAAGAGGGUGUCAGCAUGUUAAAGAAAAUGCAUGUUAUGUUAUUAUGAAUUUUUCGUUUUUUCACCCCUGCAAAGAGAAUGAUAUAAAAUGAGAAAUCUAUGCAUUUUUGCUACUUUUAUUACACAGCUGACAAAUGUGUGAUGUUUUGAAACAGCCUUUAUAGAAGUGUUUUCCAUAGAUGAAAUAGAUCCUAAAGAACUUUAUUCUGUGUAGAUUUCCAAAUAGUGAACACUGAUUUAUGUCUGCACUUUCUUGACUGUUAGUUUUGCCAUACUGUAUUUUGUUCAUUACUAGGCCUGAUGUGUUAGUAGCUGCAACAGUUUAUUACAAGAGAAUUGAUCUACCUGGAUAUUGCAGAUUAACUGAUAUAAAUCAUUUAAACUGAAACAAUGUUUCAUUUAGGAAAAUAAAAUGUGUGUUUAAUGCUCUCUUGAUCAAUCUGCUGAUAUUGUAUAAAAUGCAAGAUGACAGGCAACACAUUAAUUGGAUUCUAUAAUAUAUAUAAUGUAGUCCCGUUCAACAUCACCUUCAACCAUGACCUUAAUGAUAGAUAUGUAAUUAAAUGUACACAUUGCUGACAACAACUGAACAUUAUAAACUUCAUAAAGUUAGAAUUUAUAGCAGGGAUGUUGUAUGGAAUCGCAAUAGAUUGUACAGUUGUACCUAUUAAAGAGAGCUGAGUGCAUUUCUGAA